UUUGUAUAAAUAUUCAAGGCAGAGUUAUAGUUCAACAAUUCAUUCAGCACCAUCUCUUCUCAAACUCUCUCAUAACCCUUUUGGUCCUUCUUUUAGCUUUCCUUUGCAACCUUACCCAUCUUCAAAUCAACAUGAAGAAAGUAGUUCUAAAGGUGGAACUCUAUGAUGACAAAAUGAAGAAAAAAGCCAUGAAGGCAGUUUCUGGCCUCUCAGGUGUUGAGUCAGUCUCAGUGGACAUGAAGGACCAUAAAAUGACUUUAAUUGGAGACAUAGAUCCAGUUCAUGUGGUGGGAAAAUUGAGGAAACUGUGUCAUGCUGAAAUACUUUCAGUUGGACCAGCCAAAGAGGAGAAGAAGGAGGAACCUAAGAAGAAGCCAGAGGAAAAGAAAAAAGAUCCAAAGGAAGAAUUGGCUGAUCUUGUGAAGGCCUAUGAAGCUUAUAAUAAUCAGAUGAGACAGCCAUAUCCAUAUUACUAUUACAGAACUGUUGAAGAGGAUCCUAAUGGCUGUGUCAUCUGCUAAGUCUUGGAAUAUCUUGCAUGGAGUUUGAUUGAAAAUAAAUGAGAACAUGAAAAGAAGAUUGCGGUUGAAGAAUUAUGGUUCAUUUGGAUUUCCCCUUUUCUUCUUUUCAUUGUUUAGUUCAGAAAAAAGUGGUUAUCUGAGCAGAGAAAUAUAAUCUGUACAUUAUUUUGUGGUGUAGAAAUACUUUAGAUUUUGCUGGUCUUGAUAUACCAUAGUCAAAAUUCUGGUUUCAUUAUCUUAGAAAUAAAAACUU